AUGUUAGUUGCAUUUCAUUCGGAUUGUGAUAUUAUUUAUCGAAUUGUUGAAGAUAUUGCUGUUAUUAUACGAGAAAUUCGAGAAUUAGAAGAUCAAAUUGAAGUUGAAUCACAAAAAAAUAUGACAACUAAUUUGGAAACAUUAAUUAGAGAAUAUAAAAAGAUUCGUGAUGAAAAUAUUGCAUUAAAAGGAGGAAAAAAAUAA